AUGAAAUUUCAAGCACAGUUCAAGGAUAUUGUCGAAUUUAAUCCCAUGAAAGAAUGCAUCACCAUCGCUUCUGCCUGCAAUGUAGCAUACCGGAAGAAAUGGAUGCCUGAAAACAAAAUUGCCAUUGAGCCGGUAUGUGGAUGUCAUCCCCAACACACCCAAUCUCAUGCUGCUCUAACAUGGCUCUACUGGGAAGAAGAAAAACUCCCCAAAUGUGACCUCCUGCCUCAAAUUGCCAUGCCAGAAACAAAGACACGCUCGAGACUCUUUCCACAAAAACUUGAAAACCUGGAAGCUCACGUUAACAAUUUAGACGUCAAAUUAGACACACUGGAAGCAAAAAGCCGAAACCAGGACAAAUCCAUAGGCGAGUUGAAGGCAAGUGCAAACUUCUUUAAUCAAAAGUUUGAAGAGAACAAGGAUCUGUUCCGUGCAGAUACCAUGGAAGUAAUCAAGAAUCAACAACUAAAAAUCAACAAACUGAACAAGGAGCUGCUAUACAUGGAGGCUUACUCAAGAAGAGAAAAUUUAAUUAUCACUGGAAUUCCUGAGUCUCGAGAAGAUACAGGUGUGGAAGACACUGCCAAGGUGUUAGUAGAUUUUAUGGCGAACGAACUUAAUGUUUCAAACGCCACUGAUAUUAAUUUUCAACGAGUUCACCGCCUGGGCAAGCCAAAGGAUAAAGGCCCGAGAGCUAUUAUCGCUCGUUUUCUGAAGUAUCCUGACAAGGAGAGAAUCUUAUCGCUGGGGAAGCAUCUGUGCGACAAGGAUAUUCAUAUGUUCUCAGAUUACCCUGAAGAAAUUCAACAUCGAGGAAACGACAACUAAAGAAGCUCAAAGACACAAAACAAGCUGGAAAAAGGGUUGCCUUUAGCAAAAGCAAGCCGGAUUUGCUAUACAUCGAUGGAUUCCUUGUCCCUGAAUAAACGGGAACUAACUGAAUUUUGACUCAGGCCGUAAGCCUAUAUGACUUGGUAGAACUAUCUUAG